CCCGAGCUUCCCAAGAGCAGUUGGCACAACAUCUCCUGCUCCUCCUCCGCUCUUCAUCCUUUUACGCUUCAAACUUAUCACGACGUGCCAUUCCGCUGUCACAUUUGACUACGAUCUGAUUCCCACAUCUCUCUUCACCUCGCAUAUCUUCUCUACACUACUCAUAUCGCCAACAUGUUCAUCGCCCGAUCGGAAUAUGACCGUGGAAUCAACACCUUCUCUCCGGAAGGGCGUCUGUUCCAGGUCGAAUACUCUCUUGAAGCUAUCAAGUUGGGCUCCACUGCGAUCGGUGUAGCAACCUCGGAAGGUGUCAUCCUGGGUGUCGAGAAGCGCGUCACCUCCAGCCUCCUCGAGGCUUCCUCCGUUGAGAAGAUCGUCGAAGUUGAUCAGCACAUUGGGUGCGCCAUGUCCGGUCUGCAGGCAGAUGCCCGGUCCCUGAUUGAGCAUGCCCGCGUUGAAUGCCAGAACCACGCCUUCCACUACGCCGAACCCCUCAGAGUUGAGAGCUGUACCCAGGCCAUUUGCGAUCUGGCGCUGCGGUUUGGAGAGACGGGAGACGACGAGGAGAGCGUGAUGAGCAGACCUUUCGGUGUGGCUCUCUUGCUUGCAGGUAUCGAUGAGGAUGGACCCCAACUAUACCACGCCGAACCUUCGGGUACAUUCUACAGAUACGAUGCCAAGGCCAUUGGAUCCGGAAGCGAAGGUGCGCAGGCAGAGCUGCAGAACGAAUACCACCGCUCUUUGACGUUGGCCGAGGCAGAGACACUGGUCUUAAAGACGUUGAAGCAGGUCAUGGAGGAGAAGCUGGAUGCGAAGAACGUCCAGCUGGCCAGCGUGACCAAGGAAAAGGGAUUCCGCAUCUACAACGACGAGGAAAUGGGCCGGUGUGUCGCGCAGCUGGGCGGAAACCAAUAGGGGAAUGAUAAUGCAUGGGAGCUGAAUGAGUCAAUGUGUAUGUCGGCAACGAUAGUCUUUGGUGGAACUUCUGUUGUCCCAACCGAUAGAAAAGAACAAUGACUUGUCUAAUGAUUUAUAUAUCAGUUUUUUC